CUCUUCGGUGAAUGGCUGGAGCUUGAAGCGGAGGUCCUCCAGGUGCUUGCCCACCUUGUGGUGCACCUCGUCCACCCAUGAAGGUCUCGCUCCUGCUGGCGCUCGUCUGCACGGCCGUCCUGGCGGCGGGAGCAAGGGCCGAGGCGCCCGCGGAGCCGGCGGCGCUGACCGCCACGGUGCGGGAGUACGUGCAGCAGGCCGCCGACGUGGCCAGGAGCGUCCUCGCCACCGUGCAGGAGUCGGAGGCGGCUCAGCAGGCCAGGAAAUGGCUGGCGGAUAACACGGCCCUGGCCAGGCAGCAGCUGGCCUGGCUGAAGGAGCGCCUGGCCGAGGUGUGGAAGCGGACGCCGGCGGCGUAGCCCCGGGGCGGCCGGCGGAGCGGGGCCGCGGGGCCCCCGGAGCAAUAUCGUGGCAAUAAAGCGGAGCUGA